UUUCUGGAACAAUGAGUCGCUUUGGUUUCUAUUUUAUUUUUCUCUUCUUGUUAUAUAAAAGCCCAAGUUUGAUCCUCUUCUUGUGUUUUGCCAUUUAUGUUUACAUCCAUUACAGAACGAGAUAAGAGAAAAGAAACUCGAGGGGGCACAGAUUACGGAUAUUGAUGGCAGCUUUUGAUCUUAUCUAUGACGAGACAUGAUUUCUUUUCAGCGUUCAUGAUUUUAUAAACACGUCAUAAGAUCUCUCGUCCUUGUCACUGUGGCUUCGUAUGGCGUCAGCCUGCGGUGAUGGACUGUGCUGUUCCCGUCUCGGAGGUCGUUUCAAAUCCUGUAACCAAAACACCGGAGCGGGCGGCGCGUUUAUGUUACCGAGCAGCGAUAAGACGCAAGGGAUGCUUGAUAAGAGGCCGUUAUAAACACAGAGAUACAGACAGGGGGUGACGGGAACCUGCCUCCACUGAACUCCCACAGGGAAGGAAAACAGCUGUUCUUCUCUGACAACACUUAACCAUAAUCCUGCUAAGACUGAAAACCAAUGGGUCUCUCACUGUCACUUUGGCUGUACAGCAGGACAGAUGACAGCCCUCCAUCCUCUUCAUCAGUUUUUCCUCUGCUUGCCGUCCCGACCUCCUCUCGCCUCGCGGUUACUCUGAACUCCUCUCCAGUUGCUCCUGGAGACGGUCGCUCACAUUGGAGCUCUGUCCACCACUCUCCUCACUUCCUGCUGUCAGCGUGCAAACAGGAAGUGACUCGUUCACCUGUUGAGCGGAGCAGCGAUGGGGUGAGGGCCGAGAUGGGGGUGAAGAGCGGACUUCAUGUCUGGGAACUGCUGUGGAACUCCAACCACAGGGGGAGUCACGCCGUGUUGGGCGUUUCCACGCAGAACUGCCCUCUGCAGGCCUCAGGAUACAAAGUGCUUGUGGGUGGAGACUCACAAUCCUGGGGCUGGGAACUCAAAACCAAUCAGCUCUGGCAUGCUGGACAGAGUCUUGGGCUUUAUCCGAAGAAGCGAAAGAGGUGUCAGUCUGAGGCUGUGGAGGAUCAUAGGCCACAGUCUUCCACUUCAUCACACACAAAGGUGGCACACACACCUCUGCCUAUCCCUGAGCGGAUCCUACUGGUCCUGGAUGCUGAUGCAGGAACCCUAGGAUUUAUUGUUGAUGGCAGCUUCCUGGGUGUAGCUUUUAAAGACCUCCCUUGUGGAGUGGAACUGUUCCCAGCAGUGAGCAGUGUGAGAGGGGGAGCCAGUAUACGACUACGCUAUCUGAAUGGUGCCACACGUGAUCCUCCUGGCCUGAUGGCUUUAUGUGGACUGUCAAUUCAGCAGUAUUUAGGACAGCAGAGACACAAUCAAAUACACAAGCUGCCUCUACCCUCUUGUCUCCAGCAUUACCUUCUUUCUAGUCAAUAAUGUACACUUAUACAUCACCACACAUACACAGGAAUUUGGAAAGAUUAUGUACAAUUGUAUUUAUUAUUUAUGUUAUUUAUGGGAAUAAAAUAUAUAUAUACACCACUCAUAAUAUUUAUAUCUACGUUUAGUUUCAAAACAUAACAGUGAACUGAGUGGAAAGAUUCUUGAAUGUUUGUAAACUUAGAAAGUGUACCUUCAGUUUUGACUGUUUCUUUCUUUGUGUAUAAAAUAAGUGACUUUCAUAUA